ACGUUCUCGUAGGAGAAACCUAUGUCUGUAAACUAAGCGGCUUGUAUGCCUUGAAAAAGCUUUCAUAUGGAACAUCUCAAAAGGGUAAUGAUCGUUAAUUAUGAAACAGAUUCAGAAAUCAACCUUCCUUAUAUAGAAGGAUAUAUUGCUGGCUAACGUUUCAUUGGGCAGCCGAAACAAUAGCUGGCUAAAAGUAGUGGCCUGUUUUCAAGGGUAUAAGAUUUUUUAGAGAUUGUACAUGACACAGAUGAUUCAGUACACUUAGAUUACAAUUAGUUUGCGUUGAGGCACCAUAUCUGCUCAGCUUUUGUCCUCAUUAUGGCUUUUAUUACUUCUCAACUGGUAGGGCAAAAACAAGGGUGAUAUUUAUAUUUAUAAGAGCUAGAUACAAACGGUUAGGACUAACGGUAAAAUUGAAAAAAGGCGCAAAAUUUUCUUAAAGGGGGAGAAUUUUUCUCUAUUAUUAUGUAAAAUAAUCUUAUCUAACAAUGUAAAUUAAAAUGUUUCGUCAUCCAUUUAUGCCAAAAUACAAGCCAGCCCUAACAAGAAACUACCCAAUAUUGGCAUUAUCUACAGGUGCAACUUCAGCCGAAACAUAUGACUAUUGUUCUGCUGAUGAUGGUGUCCCAGUUUAUAUAAGCGCAGACGACGAGCACGAGGAGCUUCCCGUGCGGUGGAAAGCUCCCGAGUGUAUUACCAAGCAUCGAUAUUCCACUGCAUCCGAUACCUGGGCGUUUGGAAUUUUUAUGUACGAAGUUUUCACCCAUGGGUGCAUUCCAUACAAGCACAUCUCAGACAACAAGGAAGUGGCCUCUUAUGUAGGUCAAUGUUUUAGCAAUUAUGCGAUUUGUGAUGCUAAUAAUCUAUCCAACUUCUCACACCUAGUUAUGAGUGUCAUGCCUAAAAUACUUUUGGUAGAAGCCGGGUAAUCGAGUGGAGGGGAAUGACAAGUGGGCCAUAAAGGACCUCCCGGUGCAGAAGGCUAACCCCAUUUCUGUUCCUUAUUGAAGUACCCUUUACUUGCCCUUUUUUCCUUAUCGACGUCCUCAGUGUCUCGUAUGAGCUGUCUGGUAUACCUCUUUUAUAGAUGCACAUUCUUUGAUAGAGAUGUGAUGGUGAAGUUUGAGCCUGGUGAAUACAUGAGAACAGUUAGAGCAUGUGGACUAGUAAGCCUGCUAGGUCAUAGGUUCGACACUCAUGCACAUUCUUUAUUUUGCUUUUCUAUAUCUCAAGGUUGUGAAGGAUGGAGGAAUUGUGCCUCAUGAAACAUGCAUCGAAGAAAAGAAGUUUGAGUUGAUCAAGAAGUGUUGUGAAAGCGAGUUUCACAAAAGAAAGAGUCUGAUUGAACUGAAAGAAAGCCUUCAAAAUAUGCUCAAUGAUGCAGGUAUUUCCAAUUAUUGCUUAAUAAUUCGCUUUCUGUCCCUCAUGUAUUAUUUCUUCGAAGUAUUUCUCGUUUCUUGGUGUACACAAGGGGGUUCCAUCACGAGCUUCACAGGACUGAAGGCAUUCUUCCGAAUCUGCCUAUGUUGUUAUUUACGUCACGCACGCGCACCCUCAAGGGGGAGUUGGGGGGGAGGGGGGUCUCACUUUUGAUUGGGGAUUUCAAGACGAAAAUGUUCAAUAUUAUUACGUAUUAAGGUGUCCCCUAGGACUGUUUGUACUGUGCUAGAGUAUUGUUUCCCUCAGAUAUCAAAUUAAGUUCGAGCCACGCCCGAAUUAGUCUCCUUUAGGGAUUUAAUUCUGAUUUUCAGAAUAUAGCAGUCCUGCUUUAUACGUAUUUGACUGAGCUGCUGAUGAUUGAGUUGGCAAGGCUACAGAUUUGUAAGAUGUCAUGCAAUUCAGCCAUAUAGGAACUAUCAAUCAAACUGAAUUAAGUAUUAUUUUAAUAAUGUCUCCGCAUAAAAUACACCAAAUAACACAGCAAGUACAAACGAUGGCACGGAUGGAAAAACUGAGAAGGGUAAAAAAUAAAUGCAUUUGAGGUCUUGAUAUAUAAUGUUUUUUUAACUUUGAUUUGUUAGUAGAAACCAACAUUCUGUUAUCUGACUGGCAAACGCAUUAUCUAUAGAUAACAAGUGGCAACCUCUUUAACAUAAUUUUUUUGCGAUAUUUUUGAGUUGAUUCUGAGGACGAAGUAGGUAAAUCAAUUAAUGUUAUCCCAGAAAAUAUAUAACGGUCACAAAAUAGACAAUGUAAUGAAUGGACAUUUUUAAUGGUGGGAAGUCCAAACUUUGUUGCCGUUAUUCGCAACAAGCAAACGACUCAUUCGUAAAUUCAGGUUGUAUAGAAAAAAAAACUCCUAAUAAAAUUGAAUUGAAGAUGGUAUGCAAUUUGAUUCUAGUAGCUAAUAAGUUACUCUAUUCAUUCUUGUUUUCCAUGAGUCAAAAUAAAUCAACUAUGCGCGUAGCGCCGAGUUGACUAUUGACCCAUAGAAAACUAGAACCUACAUAUCCAGUUAUCUUAUUAGUGUUACGUGUUUUUACAGAUGAAAACGAACCAGGGCCUGAGCCACCCAGUUGGGUAAGUCUGUUUUCAGUCUUGUGUAUUUUUUACCAAUUCAACAUACUAAUCAACCAGGAGUUUACUUUACCUGGUUACUUUAUGGGAACCCACCCACUAUACAUCCCAUGGAAAAAAAUUUUCUCAACCCUUCAUCCAGCGAUCUCUAAGAAGUUUUCUCCCGUCCUUAGGCUUUCCUACGCAUUAAUUGUUUCUGAGUCCUUAUACUUAAUAUUGAGAGAGGUUAUUUCAAAGCAAAAGUACAAUGACGAUAGGUCAGCCUCAAACUCUCUACCAAAAAGAUCCACCUUAAGGGAAAUUAAAGUUCUCGCUUAUUGAGCUUGAGUCGAAAAACGUCUCUGAACAAUUGAAUGCAGGCCAGACAGCUCUUUACAAAGGCUCAGUCCAUAUUUUAUUUUUUCUUGCGUUGGAGUUGUUAGCCUUAAAGCUUCGCUAAUAUCUAAUUUCUGAAGGCGUAAGGCUAACGAAUGAUCAAAAAGUCCUUUUGUAUGCCAUUCUGAUCAGUUUCUUCCUCUUAUUCACAUGGAAAAACGGGACGGAUGGUAAAUAUUGUUGCUCCAGCCAAAAUGUCAUGCAAAGUUGGUUAGUCUUAGAAAGAAUUAUGCCUUCAACUUCAUUUCUCACCUCGCUCAAUUAGAUGAACACACAAUCUUUUUAACUUUAACCAUGGUAAUUGCCACUGGCGUUACAAAUAAUGCUAAUCCGGCAAUGGAGCGGCCAGCGGUCGCUCAAUUACAUGGUAUCAGAACAAAUAAAAGACAACAAUGUAAAUUAAAUUUUUAUAUUAAAUUAGUAGGACACUCUUCUGAUGAAUUCUGGGUACGAUGAAGAACUAACAACGUCAUCUAACAACGCGUUCCAUACUGGGAUUGAUCUUACAUAAAAAGAGUGUUUGUAAGCGUCAACUGAAGGGGACGGGAGUCUGAUCGGACUCGUGAAUGGCCCUCGUAUGGCCAUACACAGGCACGGAGAUGAGGUCAUAGUGGAGGGAUAUGUUGACUUGACCUCUACCAAUUUUAUAAAAAAAUACCGAGAUCGCAUAUCCCCGCCGAAAACUAUGCUAAUGCUGAGAGGUAAUGCGAUUUGUAGAAAGGUGUCGUGAUAUGUGACAGGAUACUAUAUGUUCCACGACUUUAGGUGUGAGGGAUGUUAGAGACACCUUACUGUAGUUUUUAGGAUCAGCUUUGGAGCCCUUUUUAAAGAUGGCAUAAAUAUUGGCAGCCUUCCAGGCAUGUGGCAGAAUUACCGACUCGUAAAAUUUUUGGAAAAGGGAGAGAGUACAACGGAGAGUUCUGAGGCGACGUCACGGAGAAUUUCUAGCUGGAAUCAAAUCUGGUCCACUAGCUUUAUCUAUCUUAAUUUUCAGGAAUUGCCUCUUAAUGCCCCCUGCCGAGAAUAUCAUAUCAGGCAUACACUCAUAAGGCGAGGGGGGCAUUUGUGAUAAAUUCCCGAGGUCUUCUUCCAUGAACACACUGUCAUACUGCUCGCGUAAGGCCUCAGCUUUGGAGCUGUCCGAAGAGGAUACACGGUUGUUAGAUACUAAGGCUGGGGUUCAAGCCGCCAACAACUCAGAAUCAGACUAGUAAAAGCUUUGAUAAAAAUAAAACAAAUUUCAUAGUAUUACAAUGAAAAAGAAUGAACGUUUUGUUAGGUGCUUUUCUGUGAGUCUCCAGCCUUUUGUCCAGAAAAUUAAGGCCCUGUCAACACGAAUCCGGGAAUGCUGAAACUGAAACGAAUUCGGUGUGGUUGUUCUGAUUUUAUUUAUUUCCCUACAUAGGACUUUGGAAACCAACAGGAUGAAGCGAUAUACAGCGUUAUUCCAGGUAAGUUUUCCUAGGCAGCCAAAUUCAAGACCAGCCUAUUUAAACCAGAUGACGCAUCUUUUUAUUUAGGGAGCAUUCAUAAUUUAUCUAGAGGGUGGGCUAUGAUGAUUUCCUUAUUUUUUCCUUUCAUUUUUUUGAAGCCCCCCCUGAUCACCUUAGGGUUUUUUUUCUGACCCCCCCUCAAACGGAUGUUGAUUUAUCAAAGGAAAAUUUCAUAGCCCCCCCCCACCCCCUCUUCCCCAAGCACAUAAGUACAACAUGUCAAACUCACCCUUAGCCAUAUCAAAGUCUUGUGACAGGUAUAUUGAGCUUUAUUAGUAAUUAACAUAGUAAAUCAGUAACAACUUGCACUAAUGAAAUGGUAAUAUUUCAAAGAGGGGGGGGGGGGGGGGGGGGGGGGGGUCCAUAUGAGAGUGCCAGGGAUGCUUGUCGUCUCGCUUGGCGAUAACAGUUGCAUAUUUUGGUCUCACUUUUGAUUGGGGAUUUUAAGACGAAAAUUUUUAAUAUUUUUACGAAUUAAGGUGUCCCCUAGGACUGUUUCUACUGUGCUAGAGUAUUGUUUCCCUCAGAAAUCAAAUUAAGUUUGAGUCACGCACGAAUUAGUCUCCUUUAGGGAUUUAAUUCUGAUUUUCAGAAUAUGGGAGUCCCGCUUUAUACGUAUUUGAACUUUAGACUCAGCUGAGCUGCUGAUGAGUGAGUUGGCAAGGCUACAGAUUUGUAAGAUGUCAUGCAAUUCAGCCAUAUAGGAACUAUCAAUCAAACUGAAUUAAGUAUUAUUUUGAAAAUGUCUCCGCAUAAAAUACACCAAAUAACACAGCAAGUACAAACGAUGGCACGGAUGGAAAAACUGAGAAGGGUAAAAAAUAAAUGCAUUUGAGGUCUUGAUAUAUGAUGUUUUUUUAACGUUGAUUUGUUAGUAGAAACCAACAUUCUGUUACCUGACUGGCAAACUCAUUAUCUAUACAUAACAAUUGGCAACCUCUUUAACGUAAUUUUUUUGCGAUAUUUCUGAGUUGAUUCUGAGGACGAAGUAGGUAAAUGAAUUAAUGUUAUCCCAGAAAAAUAUAACGGUCACAAAAUAGACAAAGUAAGGAAUGGACAUUUUAAAUAGUGGGAAGUUCAAACUUUGCCGGUUGCCGUUAUUCGCAACAAGCGAACGACUCAUUCGUAAAUUCAGGUUGUAUAAAAAAAACUCCUAAUAGAAUUGAAUUGAAGAUGGUACGCAAUUUGCUUCUAGUAGCUAAUAAGUUUCUCUAUUAUUCUUGUUUUCCACAAGUCAAAAUAAAUCAACGAUGCGCGUAGCGCCGAGUUGACUAUUGACCCAUAGAAAACUAGAACACGAUAUAUAACCUUCUACAUAUCCAGUUAUCUUAUUAGUGUUACGUAUUUUUACAGAUGAAAAAGAACCAGGGCCUGAGCCACCGAGUUGGGUAAGUCUGUUUUCAGUCUUGUGUAUUUGUUACCAAUUCAACAUACUUAUCAACUUGGAGUUUACUUUUCCUGGUCACUUUAUGGGAAAUCACCCACUAUAUAUCCCAUGGAAAAAAAAAUUUUUCUCAGCCCUUCAUCCAGCGAUCUCUAAGAAGUUUAAUUUUCUCCCGUCCUUAGGCUUCCCUACACAUUAAUUGUUUCUGAGUCCUUACACUUAAUAGUGAGAGAGGUUAUUUCAAAGCAAAAGUACAAUGACGCUAGCAUACUAUUCGCGACAGUCCCUUUCACGCUCUCUGAAUAAGAGACGGAGAAAUGGAACCGCUCCAAGAAGUUGAACGUUAGAUACGUCCUAAAGAACCCACACACUGCCAAAACUCAAAACCCGGUCCCAAAACUCAAAGAAGAGAAAAACUCAGUUCCCCAACACUCAAAACCGGGUCCCAAAACUCAAAGAAGAGAAAAACCCAGUUCUCCAACACUGAAGGUAAAGGGGUGAAACAAAAGUACUCAUAAACUCAGAGUAUAGUGAAACAACUAGACUGCUGAUACUUGCUGAGAGCUGGGCAAGGAGGUCUUUCAGGGAAUACCAAAAGGACUGCGUGGUAAAACACGAAUAGGCUGCCAACCCUUGAGUGGCAACAAGCAAAUAAACUGGAGAUAAAGGUCCAAGGUAAAAAGGAAACCUAAGGCGCAGAGAAUUCGAAGACGCGAGAAAAACCCACCCAGAGCGUCAGUAAUCCGACUAGGGCAUUAGACACUCUUUCAGGCUUCCAUGAAAGCGCAUUAAGAAAGCCAUAUGACAUGACGGCAGAAAAGGCGAGGAACGAAUAGCACACAUAAACUGAAAGAACAGAAAAACAACUACGAACACAAGGGAGCAAAUACACUGGGACAAGGGAGUAAACCCGCAGAACUACCAGACUGCAGAUUUUAGGAUCAGCUUUGGAGCCCUUUUUAAAGAUGGCAUAAUUAUUGGCAGGCCUCUAGGAAUGUGACAGAGUUCCCAAAUCGUAAAAUUGUUGGAAAAGGGAAGAGAGUACAACGGCGAGUUCUGAGGCGACGUCACGGAGAAUUUCUAGCUGGAAUCAAAUCUGGUCCACUUGCUUUAUCUAUAUUAAUUUUCAGGAAUUGCCUCUUAACGCCCUCUGUCGAGAAUAUCAUAUCAGGCAUACACUCAUAAGGCGAGGGGGGCAUUUGGAUAAAUUCCCGAGGUCUUCUUCCAUGAAGACACUGUCAUACGGCUCGCGUAAGGCCUCAGCUUUGGAGCUGUCCAAAGAGGAUACGCGGUUGUUAGAUACUAAGGCUGGGGUUCAAGCCGCCAACAACUCAGAAUCAGAAUAGUAAAAGCUUUGAUAAAACUAAAACAAAUUUCAAAGUAUUACAAUGAAAAAAUUGAAAGUUUUGUCAGGUGCUUUUCUGUGAGUCUCCAACCUUUUGUCCAGAAAAUUAAGGCCCUGUUAACACGAAUCCGGGAAUGCUGAAACUGAAACGAGUUCGGUGUGGUUGUUCUAAUUUUAUUUAUUCCCCUACACAGGGCUUUGAAAACCAACAGGAUGAAGAGAUAUACAGCGUUAUUCCAGGUACGUUUUCCUGGGCAGCCAAAUUCAAGACCAGCCUAUUUAAACCAGCUGACGCAUCUUUUUCAUUUAGUAUGACUUACCUGAUGAGAACAACUUCACAUUUUUAAGAAGCCUUGUUCUUAAAGCCUUGGUGACAAUACGAUGGAAUCCUAAUUUUUGGAACCUCUUGAUAAUUUGAAAAUCAGGGGUAAAAUCUCUCUAUAUUUUUUGACACUGAAAACAGUCUGAGUUUAGGUUUGAAUUGUUUGAAACUAAGGGAAACUGAGGUUUCCACUUUGUUGUUGAUUCCCUUCCUUUCUCCGAUAGUUUUUUCUACCCGGUAUAGUGUGUACUUCUGCUUUUCCGUCCGCUUGAAAACCAAUAUACACUUGUUUUAUGGGUGGCAAAUUAUCCUUUUUUCGUUUUAUUAUAGUUUAUUGGUUUUUUAUUCCACAUAGAUUCUUUUUCAUUUCUUAGGAAAAGAAGAAUAUCUCUUGCAGAAGGGCGAUUGUCCAUUUAUUAAAGAAGAUAAGGUAAGUCGGUUAACUUUCGUGAUAACAAACAAUUCGAUAUACGAUUGAAAGGACUGAACGUGGGUAACUGAGAAGUACACCAGUGUAAAACAGUUUUAGCGCAUCCCAACUGUUUUGUAGAGAAUUUCCGUAAACAAAACAAACGAGUUACAAACUAGAAAAUCUCCCUUGUUGGAGCGGAGUAUCCGUCAAGAUUGAAUUUUUUCGUUCUGAACAGAUUUGUUUUGGUCUGUGAUCGAAACUUUGCCGUUUUUGUAAAUUCACAGAGGUAUGAGUUAAGGCACUAACUAAAGGGUAAAGUUAAGCAGAGAAAUCUACCUAGAAACGGCCAAAAGCGCGUGAUUUUACCCUUUUAUUUUUGGUGUAAUACUAGACCAUGCACAGUAACAUGCGGGCUUGUAGGAGUAUUUCCAGCCUCCGCACUUUUGAAAACAAAAGAAUGCUUACAGGACAAAGGCUGCAUGCUUUGAAACAACUAUAGAAUCCACCCUAACCACGGACUAUCCCCUACCCUCUGUAUAGUACUAUUUACUUGAAUCAACGUCCAUUUUCCAGGGUUCGAUUUGGAUAUGCGAGAGGAUUACAAAGUUGGAUAUAAAGCAUCUUAAAUCACUGAAAAAACUGAACAACCCAAAUCUUGCGAACAUCUUAAUAAAGCAUUGGGACUCUCACUCUCCCAUGGUGGAAAUAGUAAGUAACCCGUCCCUCUUCUAUAACUUCAGCAUAAGUAUUGUACUGACCUUAACAUACAACGCGUACCUAAGUAAUUAUAAAUAAUAAUAAGCAUGCAAUUGGAUUUUUUUACAUCACAUGGAGAAUCUAAAAACCGGCAAAAACAAUAUAGUGCUGGAGUUCACAUAACCACAGUGAGAUUUUGGCUUUUGUGUAGAAGCAGCUUUUUGAAUAAAAAUCUUUCCGCAUGCCAAGUAGCGGACAAAUAACGGUAGUUUAGGUGGUGAAAAGAAAAAUUUAAGUUAAGGCAAAUGUUAUCUUCUUUCGUUCUCAUUUUCAUUGUUGAAUUCUCGUUAAACUUAAACACUGAUAAUCUGGGAAAUAUCCUUCGAAUACAACUGCCUCUUCACUCCCCGUCGCUGAGACGUUAAUGAGCUUUAGCAACGACGACGGCGACCUUCAUGAGAACGUCAAAAAAAACAAUAGCAGCACAAUUUUGUGUACAUUUCUUUGCCGUCCCGACACGACUAGAAAGUGAAGUUUCCGUAUACGCCAUUUAUGGACGAAGUAAACGAUCGUACAAAUACGACAACCAUUUUUUUUUUCUCUUUUCCUCUAAACUUCGAUGCAGCCCUCAAAAUUUCAACUCAAGAGAAAACACUAAGUACAUUUGAUAGUUUAAGCGUGUUGGAAUAAACGCAGCAAAAUUUGAAAACCUUAAAGUUUGUGUUAAGAUUCAUCCGUUUUAACUUCAAAAACGCGAUUACAUUUCAAUACUGACGUUUGCGCCGAUUACAUUUCAAUGGUGACGUUUUCGCCUUUUUGGUUUCUAACACUUAGAAACAUCCCCAGCGGUAGACUGGGGGAGGGGGGAGUGAGAGAUGCGGCUUUAUUCGCUAAAUGCCCGUUAAGUGAUUUUUAAUAUUUUUUCACAGACUUCGAAGGCGAGCACCUUAGGCAAUUUAAAGGAUUACGUUGUUAAAAGGGAUUGUCGACAAGAAAGCAUUGUGACGUUUCUGUCCCAGGUGGCUUCCGCGCUACAUUACCUUCAUACUAAGCACAUUGUACAUGGGGAUCUCAGAGCUAUGUAUGUCACGGUGGUCUCUCCAGACAAGGUAAUUAAACCUACUUACCCUUAACAGUCAUUUCAAAUACUCCCUGAGUUUAGGACCAGUGAACAUUCAAUCAACUUUUCCACGGGUUUAUGUCGCAUGACGGACAAACCAGUGGCCUUCAAAAUACUAGUCCGUUUAAGGACCUAGUAAAAAUAUGAAAACAAGAAAUAUGAAGAUGCUGUGUUAUAAAAGACGACCGCAGCAUUCAAAGCAAGUACUGAAUACGAACUUACGUAAGGUCUUUAAAUUUUUUGAACCUAAUACAUUUUAUUUUCUCUCUUGGCAGGUACAAGUUGGCCGUCUAGGUCGCUCAAAAUCCCUUUCCCCGAGCUCUUAUGAAGUUACCAGUAAGUCCUGUGGUGUAAAAGCUGAAAUGCCAUCUGACGCUUCUCGCUGGUGAGCAACAUGAACCCAACUAAUAGGAUGCAGGACCGGGACCCUUUCCCUUCUUGUGUGAAACACAUUUCCUCUUAUUACCCAAGGGUUACUUGCCACCCCAGACAUCCUUACCCAUUGUCACUCCAGGUGCACGUUCUCCUUACUAUCCAAGAGACACUUCCCCGUUACCCCGUAUACACGUCCUCCUUGGCAACCUUAAUAAACCCAACUACACCCUGCUUACCCCAAAUAUACUUUGCCUUCUUACACUAGGUAACAGCCUUCGAUUUUCCUGUGAAUCAGUUUAUCUGGUUGAUAGCCUUAGAGAUAGCUGUAUAUUUUAUCCUGUCUGUUGUAGUAUAGUGAAUUUAGCCAUAACUCGCCAUAAUCAUUGUGUCAGAUUGCGUGACUCAUAGGCCUUGCAAUUGCUGAGUGAACUUCAACGGAAACUGAUUCCAAAGACGGGCAUUAAACUAUCUUUCAUGCAGCGGCUAUUUCCCUAAAAUGCCAGAUGUUUUAAGUGCACACACUGUUCCAGAUCAGUUCCUACUUAAAAAACAAACACCGAACUGGACUGAGGAUAUUUCGUUUCGUCAAGCCUAUCAAUUCACAAAAGAACAAAAGAGUCGGUCAUCAGAAAAUGUCCCACAAAAAUCCGGUCGCUCAUUGUUUCAUGAAAUUCUACCUGAAGUGGGAGAUGAUGAUAGAGAUCAAGUGGAAAAAUCAUUUUUUGAAGCUGAAGAUUUACUUGGUACCAAGACAGUUCAGUAUACUUAUAAAUUAAAAUAUAAAUAAGAAAAUAUUUUGUAUGCCCCUCACCUUUUCUGAUCUGUCCUACUAAAAUGGUUACUGUUCGGAAAUAAGUCCCUUCUAAAUAGAAAAGUUAAGCCUUAAAUUAGCCCGCGUAACAGGGGCAUUUGGUUUUGAUCACGCAGCUAACCACACAAUAGCUUUGAUGCAAGCAAAAUCUGCGUCAUUUCACGGGCAAUAGUUUUAGACACGCGAAAAACUGUCAAAAGUUUUAUUUUAAGCUUUAAAACAUAUAUAUUUUAGAGUUAGUUUUUGUAAAUUUUUUCUGGGAACGUUUGGACUCGUGCCCUGCAUCUUUAGGGUUGCAAGCAAAGUUAAGCUUACAAAUAUAUAAAGUUCUUACAAAUUGAUUUAGCAUUCGAUAGCAUGAUUUAGCCCGCUCUUGUUUAAGUGUAUGCAUUAUAAACCAAUUACUAAAUUCGGUUUUCCCACGAUAGCAAGAAUUAUCAAGGCCUCAAUUCAGUCAAUUUGGAGGUAUCCGUCCCCGCCUUCGGCUUUGGCAGAUAAUUCCAGUUAUUGUCCUUAAUUUUGUUCAAUAAUUGAAUGAAGGUGUUACCCGUCUAAAAGUUGAAACUACAGGACUUUAAAACUGUGUAAUUUGAUACUCUAACAAUAACAGCGCGCAUACUUUCGAUCUUAAUCAGGAGUGCUCCAGAAGUGAACCUGGAUGGAUACUACACGCAUGCAAGCGAUGUAUGGGCAUUUGGCAUUCUGGCCUGGGAGCUCUACGUGUCAUUCAUAUCUGGUGAAGACCUGCAACCGUAUUAUCGUCUUCAAGAAGAUAAGGUGAAACUGAUAUCAUCUACAACAGUUACCUUUCUUACAAAGUAUAAAUAAAUGUUGUAUUUUAAGAGGUUGCACUAAAAAGACAUACGCUAAUAAAUUUGUGCCCUAAAACACUUAAAAAAGGAAAAAGAUUUAAAUUUAAGAUUAAGAUUUAAUUUAAGAAUGAAAUGAAGGAUAUUCGUCGCCACACUCAGUCACAGAGCUUCAGGCGGUUUCAGGUGCUUCAGUCUACCUCAUUAACACCAUGAAGUGCUCUCCGAGACCAGUCCAUUCAAAUAUUAUCCUCCAUACUGGCACUAACUACUGUGCUCGUUGCACAAGUUGCACCAGACCAGUACAAGUUUGAUGGAGUAGCUAGUGGCACUAUAGCCCUGCAUAAACCAUGCACACUAUAAUAAUAAUAUUCAUUAUUGUGGUGGCUGUUCAGUAAACCAAGACACCGGCACUAACACCAUGUCACUCAUCUCAAAAAAAUUUGGUGGGCAUAGAGAAACGGCAACGGAUGCUACUGAAGACUUCAUCCUCAACCCUGCACGCAGGCAGCCAUGGGGUGUCAUGGUCAGUUCUCACAAGACAAACGUGGAAUUCAUGUCAGAGCAGACCUUAUAGGUGCAACAAUGCUCUCUCCAGUCCCUUUUUUUCAGGCUUUUCAAUAGCUUAUACAGUCGACUCUCUCUUAAAGGACACCGCUAUAAGACGGACACCUCUGUAAAACGGACACUUAGAGUUGGUCCCUGCCUUUCAAGAGUUACUCCCUUUAUUUGACUCUCUAUAAGACGGACACUUAGUGCCAGUCCCAAAGGUGUCCGUCUUAGAGAGAGUUGACUGUACUCGACAGGGGGCGCAUACUCCACCUGGAGCGAUUUUCACUGAGAUCCUUUACUCACAGAUGUUUGCCUUCUUUCCGGUAGCACCCGAACAGAACCCCUAAUCCAUUGUCUUUGGGCACAGCCCAGGGAAUAUACCGCGAGAAGGUAGUAGUUAUUCAUGAGUUAGGUGACCAGAGCAUUAAGAACAGUCACCCUUCGCACCUAAUUUGGGGACAGGAAUUUGAAAAGGAACCUUAAACAAAGCCUGCUCCAGUUGUACUUGCCAGUUCACAAGGGAAAAAGCAUGUCAACAACAAGAAAAGAAAACAUGUCAACCUUGACACAAGCUGCCGGGACAAGAAAACUGAUCUUCGGCUUGUGGAAUCUCAGGACCGGCACUACUAGACAGUGACAGCAGACCAGAGCGCGAAACCAAAGCCAAAGCACUGAGCAGGUACAACAUUGACAUACUGAAUAAGAGGACACUUGCAGAGGAGUCUCACUGAGAGGAGGUCGGUGCGAGAUAGAAGUAAUAUUUUUGGAUUGGAGAGUCCAAAGAGGAAACUGAACAAUUUGGUUUGCCUUAUGAUCUCAGCUGGCUUACAAGCUCAACCAAUUACCGUAAGGGAUCAAUGACAGACUCAUGUCGCUAAACCUAGAACUGGCAAGUAGCCAUCGUAUGUGCCUAUGGUCCAAUGACUAACACUCAAAAAUCCUGAAAGAAGCCCUUUAUGAUGGCCUCAGUGGAACAAUCAGAGGAAUGUCACACGAAGACAACCUUCUCCUUCUGUUUCAAUGCCCGAGUUGGCAAAGAUAGCUAGCUAUUCAUAGAAAAGCGUUGUAGGGAAGCAUGGUAUCUGAAAGGAGAAUUCUAAUGGCCACCUCCUCUUCCUACUGACAAAAAGCAGAGAAUUAAAACUCGGAAACACCAAUAUAGUCUUCUAACAAGCCAAUAACCACAAAAACCUCCUGGAUACGUGCACCUGAAAUCCAAACAUUGUCACCUGAUAGGCUACAUGUUUGUACGACAGAGAGACUAAAUGUACGUUUAAAUAAGCAGAGCACUCAGACGUGCAGAAUGCUGGUCAGACCACAGACUAGUCAUUAAGGCUCGCUCUCAAAACGACUAAUAACACCAAACCAACUCGACAUUAUCAACAACGCAAAACAAAAGUGUAAUGAACUAAUAUCGGCCCUGAAAUAGCUGUCAAUAAUGACAUGCUGAGUCUUGAAGAAUCAUGGAAAGAUCUGAAGCAUCUAACAUGAAAAAUCAUCUGAGGUAUUUGGCUUUUUCUAGUGCAAACAACUGGACUGGUUGAGUGCCGGUAUACGUUUUUUGUUGAUUAGACCAAAGCCUUUGAUACAGUUAAUCGUGAUAUGCCCCUUGGAACGUUCUGCAUAAGUUUGGUGGUCCAGAUUAAAUGGUCCAACUAAUAAUCUCAUUCCAUGAUGGUAUGAUGGCCUCUGUGAUCAUGAUGGAAAGAGGUUCAGCUUCUGAACCCUUUCCUUCUUAAUAGUGGAACUUGAAGGUCCUGUUUGCCCUCUACUUCUCGGCUACGCUAUAAGCAUCCGAGAGCAUCAGGUGUGCGAAUCCAUUUUAGGACAGAUGGCAAUUACGCCCAAAAGCCAGGACCAAAGACAGGGAACAACUAUUGAGAUAUUUCUUAUAUGAAGAUGUUUGUGCUCUUGUAGCAUCGUUUUUUUAGGGUGGUGAUCCUGGCUGCUUCAAAGUCAAGAACGGCUUGGUGGCAUUAAUUACUCCACUCAGCUCUGUUCAGUGCUUCCGGAUCCCAUGUCUUCAGGUUUAGCUUGUGGGCUUUUAAAUUGGCCAUAAGAGUUUCCCCCUAGCGGAGCAGUGGGCGACCUUAGUCCUAGCACCAGAAUUUUUUUUGCUGACCAUAAACGAGGACUUAGAGUAAGCGAGUGACAACCAUGCGCACUACAUGGGCCAGUGCAUCUCAGUUGGGCUUGGAUAAGGAGACUCUAUACUCAGAUCUUGCGUGAAUCUCAUUUUUUGCCUUUCAUAGUUGCGCAUUGAACAAAGAAAGCGGAGACGAAAUGCGUCUAGCUGUUUAAUAUAGGGCCAGUAGAAUGUCCAUAUCUCGCAGCCAUCUAAGAGAGAGGUGUGAACUCCUGAUUGAUAGCCUUAAAUCUUUGUGGCCAGAAAGAUACCAUGAUCUUUCGCCAAAAGCUGAGCCUGCCUUGGACAGUCUCUGGGUGAUCUCUUCGUCCAGCUGGACUUUAUACGACAGGAUAAUACCUGAGUAACAAAAGUUUGGCGUAUCAUUUAAAGGGGUAUUGUCUAUUAUGACAGCGGGGUCCUCUUUUCGGGUGUAUAGGAAAUGGGUGGUGGGUGCAUGACCUCAGCCUUCUUUAAGCUGACUGUUAGCCCGAAUAAUUUGGCAGCGUAGGCAAAGCGGUCAACUAGUACAGGGAUGCCUAAGCCCAGCGCCCAGCCAGGUCCAACCUAUCUCCAACUGAUCAUGAUGGAAACAACAUCUGUGUAUGUCUGCCUCCAGAUCUGCAAAUACUGGUUAGGCCUGCAUUUGUACAUGAGAUGUCACAUCAAACACUGAUCUAAGGUUAUUGUGCCGCACUCUCUUGCUGGGCACUCACCCAUCGUCGAAGCGACGGGAGAAACCAUAGUAGUUUAUGCCUUAUACCUAACAUCUCAGUUCAGAUGAUCGUAUCAUUGGGAGGUGACGUUAAACCGUUGGCCUUGUCUCCCUUAUCUGGUACUUCAGUUGGAAGGGGACGUAAAAAAAACCCGUGACAUUGUUCGAAAAGAGCAGGGGACGUAGGCCCCGAUGUCAUGGUCUAUCUGACUUGUGCCGUCAUCGGUCUGGGUUGGCGAGGUGUGAUCAAAAACAUUGACUGAUCAUGAAGUGGGUGCAAGAGUGCGCCUUUACAUGCUGACGUCCGAUCUCACCUCUCUGGUUCCUCCGCAAUUCAGCCAUUGGCUCCAAGUGAGGAAAGUUGGCACCGCAUAUAUUUUCUUUAACUUUGAGAACCGUAGCGAAUGUUCGCAUACAAUCUUUAAUCUAGAAAUGGUAGGUUAGGUACCAUUUAAAAUAAUACAAUUUUGUAUUACUUAGCACUCAAACAGAUAUCUAGAUGCCUAUGUUGGUAGUUUCAUUCAUGUCCUCGUAUGCUUACUUGGCGUCAUUAUCAUCAUACCAUCGUCAUCAUGAUCAUUGCUAAUCAUUGUUAUUGUCAAUUUCAUGGCUGAUGGAGGUUUUAAAUGCCGUGGGUUUUCAAAGGCACGACAGCAAGUUGUCCGAAGCUUUAAUUUUGAGGUAAUUGUCAGUCGAGUGCACGUGCCUGCUUUGCUAUUUCAUAUUUCUGACACCUUCCUUAGAAUCCUGGUAGUCCCGAGGAGUGGAUUAUUUUGGAUAAGGUCUACCCUUCAUCAAUGAAUAACAUUGAUCCUUUCAGGGACAGUUCCAGUGGCUCUCAUUGCAAUUGUAGUGAUGGUUAUUGACAUAAUUUUUUCAUGAAGUCGUUAAUCGAGUUGACUUUUGGUUUGCCACCACUUAGAAUAUUGUGUUGAUCCUCACUGCAGAUUCUGAUGCAUAUGAGACACAAGGGACCCGAGGGACAGUUAGAGCGACCGGAAGGAUGUCCUGACUGGGUGUACAUUUUGAUGCACCAAUGCUGGGCGUACGACUUUGCACAAAGACCACCGUUCCUUGCCAUCUUUGAUUGCCUUACAAGCAGGUAA